AUGUACGUCGUCGGCCUUGGGCGCAGCAGCCGCAACACCUCCGUCACCCAGCUGAUGGCCAACAUGUCUCCCACCCACGAGACUGCCCCGCCGCUGCCCAUCCCCGCCCCGGUCUCUCCCCAGGCCAAGAAGAAGAAGAACAAGAAGAAGAACCCUCGCCCGCCGCAAUCGCAAGACCCGCCCACCAAUGGCCACCCCGCCGCCGACCCGCCCCCCGACGACCCCAGCCGCGACGAUGACGGCGACGCCGCCGUGCGCGCCCACGCCCCUGUCUGCCACCUGCGCCAGCUCGCUAAUUGCUUCCAGAAGGCCAGCACGAACGACGACCCUGACAGCCGGCCCUCGACCGCCCAGUCCGACUCGCAGACGCCGCAGCGCAACGGCGCCCGCUCGCACUCGCCCAAGAUGGACAGCGACACCUCCGACCGCCUCGACCAGCUGGCCAAGGAGCGCGACGAGCUGCGCGAGGAGGUCACCCAGCUGCGCAAGUCGCUCGAGACCAUCCAGAGCAGGCAUGAGGACGAGACCCAGGACCUGAAGCAGCACGCCGCCGACGCCGCCAAGAGCAAGGAGCAUGCCGAGAACCAGUACCGUGACCUCCGCGGCAAGGUCAACACCAUCAAGAGUCAGCUGGGCGAGCGCAUGCGCCAGGACGCCGAGGAGCUCGACCGCAUGCGUACCCAGGUCGAUGAUCUUGAGGACCAGAACCGCCAACUCCGCCAUGACAACGAGCAGCUGCGCAAGCAGACCGAAGAGCACGCCUCCGAGAUCUCCAGCCUGCGGAGCCGCGCCACUUUGUCGCAGCAAAAUUGGGUGAAAGAAAGGGACGAGCUGAUACAGCGUGAAGCAUAUGCCAGGGAGGAAUUCGAGACGGCGAAACAGGCCAUGCAGGACUGGGAGGUGCUGGCCAUGGAGGAGAGGUCGCUGCGCGAGAACCUGAGCGACCGGGUGGCCGAACUCGAGGACCAGCUCAACAGUCAGCGCGAGACGUUGGAACGAGCAGUCAACGAGAGAGACACCCAGACGUCAACCGUCGACGGCCUGCAAAGGGCGUUGCGAGACAUCCAAGACGCACGCAAGAAGGAGCUCCGGGAGAUUGUUGAAAACUCUCAGAACCAGCUCGAGGACCUCCGAAAACAGCUUCAAUCUGCCGAGAACACAUCAAGAAAAGCGCAGACUGAGCUGGAAGCCUCACAGAAAGAGCUCGAGCGUGCCCUACCGUUUGAGAAGGAGGUCAAAGAGAAAAAUCUACUCAUAGGAAAGCUCCGUCAUGAAGCCGUGAUCCUCAAUGACCAUUUGACAAAAGCUCUGCGCAUCCUACGAAAAGGUCGACCCGAGGACAACGUGGAUAGGCAGAUUGUCACGAAUCAUCUGCUCCACUUCCUGGCGCUCGACCGUAGCGACCCUAAGAAGUUCCAAGUCCUGCAACUCAUUGCCGCGCUUCUUGGAUGGAACGAUGAACAACGCGAACAAGCCGGCCUCUCACGCCCCGGCUCCACCGCCACUGCAAACAACAGCCUUCGGGUUCCCUUAUCUCCGUUCCAUCGCACGCCGUCCACACCCUCACUAUCAAGCACCGAUCUUCUGUUAUCAGAGGGCCACUCAUCAUCUUCUGCCCAGCAGAACAAAGAGAGCCUGGCUGAGCUAUGGCAGAGUUUCCUCGAGCAGGAGGCCCUUGAAGGCAAGGGCUCAAGGAAUUCCAGUCGUCGAGAGAGUGCAGCAAGUCCAACGAAUACGAGUGAUACGAAAGGCUUAGGUAUCUUGUAG